CAAUUCGCCCAAGAAAGCAGCACCGCUUGAACAAAACAAAACAAAAAAACAUAAAUAUUCAGCUACGCAUUUCAUCAAACACCUUGGGAUCGAGUAUCGAAUGGGAUUGCAUCUCAAUUCGUAAGAGUUCUUAAAAUUAUCAGCAGCUUCUAUCUCCAUGAGGAGCCUGGUUGUUUUCCUCAAACGGCGCCGUAUCACCGCCCACUCUACGGUUUUGAAGAAUGGAAAUUCUGCAGAUACAAUAAGGUGGAGGAUGAUGAUGCUCGAAGGGCAGAAAGAUCUUAUUAGAAAAAUGCACAAUGAUGAUUUAUUAUCGCGCUUUUUACGACCACGAUUUUUCUCUAGUGCCUACUCUAGUGUGCAUGGUGAAAGGCCUUCGGCUGAGUAUGCAAAGCUGAGGAAAGAGUCGCUCGAAAGUCAAUUUGGACGCGCACUUGGUUCGAAAAGUGUUUCUGUUGUAUACCGUUUCGGUCCGUUCUUGGCUCUGUAUAGAGCUGCAAUUAUUUCAUUCCAUGUGUUGAAGCUAACAAUUUGGCACUUCUUCGUCCAUGACAUGAAAAAACGUUCGAUCAAGUUUCGUGAAACUCUUAUUAGCUUGGGACCUUUUUACGUGAAGUUGGGACAAGCUUUAAGCACUAGACCAGACAUACUGCCUACAGUAUAUUGCAAUGAACUUGCUAAAUUACAGGAUCAAAUACCUCCAUUUCCAAAUAAUGUUGCCAUUAAAUCCAUUGAAUCCCAGUUGGGAAUGCCAAUAUCGAAGAUAUUUGCUGACAUCAGCAAGGAGCCUAUUGCUGCAGCAUCACUCGGACAGGUUUAUAAAGCUCACUUGCACUCUGGAGAGCUUGUAGCGGUCAAAGUCCAGAGACCUGGUAUGUCCCAUUCAUUGACCGUCGAUGCCCUGCUAUUCAAUAUGAUUGGAGGCCAAUUAAAGCGUUUUGCCAAAGCUCGUAAAGAUUUAUUAGUAGCAGUGAAUGAAAUGGUGAGACAUAUGUUUCAUGAGAUUGACUACAUUCUAGAGGGUCAAAACGCUGAGCGCUUUGCUGCUCUCUAUGGCUGCGACUCCAGUAAUGAGAAAACAUACUCAAAGGAUUCAACUACGGCACAUAAGCAAGUUAUUGGUGUCAAAGUCCCGAAAAUAUAUUGGAAUCUAACCCGCAAAGCUGUCCUUACUAUGGAAUGGGUUGACGGAAUUAAACUAACUGAUGACAGUCGUCUUAAAGCAGCCAGUUUGAACCGGAAGCAAUUGAUCGAUGAGGGUUUGUACUGCUCUCUGAGGCAAUUGCUCGAGGUGGGGUUUUUCCAUGCUGAUCCUCACCCUGGAAACCUUGUUGCAACCAAGGAUGGUUCACUUGCGUAUUUUGACUUUGGAAUGAUGGGCGACAUUCCACGUCACUAUCGUGUGGGACUAAUUAGAGUGCUGGUGCACUUUGUCAAUCGAGACUCUCUUGGAUUGGCAAACGACUUUUUAUCUCUGGGAUUUUUACCGGAAGGGAUUGACAUACAGUCCGUGUCAGAUGCUUUGCAGACAUCCUUUGGUGAUGGAACGAGACUAUCUCAAGAUUUCCAGGGAAUAAUGAAUCAGUUAUACGAUGUUAUGUACGAAUUCAAUUUCUCUCUCCCACCGGAUUAUGCGUUGGUAAUAAGAGCUCUUGGAUCACUUGAAGGAACUGCGAAAGUUUUGGAUCCCGAGUUCAAAGUGGUGGAGAGUGCAUAUCCUUUUGUCAUUGGUCGUUUAUUGGCGGACCCCAGUCCCGACAUGAGGAAAAUCCUCGGCCAACUUUUAAUCCGGAAUGAUGGCUCUAUAAGAUGGAACCGACUGGAAAAACUGAUAGCAGCAAUAUCUGGACAAACUGAUUCUGAAACCGACGGGGCUUCGUCAAAAUCUCAAGAAACUACUACUGAUCCAUUAGGAUGGAAGUCGUUUGAUAUGCAUGCUGUUGUGUCUGCUACUGAGGAUCUUUUCCAAUUUAUUUUGUCGAAGAAAGGCUCUAGGGUUAGGGUUUUCCUUCUCAGAGACAUACUCGAGGCAGCCGAUACUUUCCUUGAACAAGAAGUUGUUUCCUGCUUCUCCGAUGAAGAUUUUGAAGCGACCAGGCCAGAAGUUGAGGGUGAGGCAAUGCUGUUGAGAAUGGUUAAUGGGCUUCGGUGUUUUAGACAUGCAGUGGGGUUAGCUCCGGAUGUAUGGACAGCUAUGGGUUUACGGAUGGCAUUAAAACCCGAGUUUCAAAGGUUUGCAUUUGACAUAUUAUCUUCAUUAUUAGCACACUCUUCGCACAAACUGCCCGAUACUUUGUGGGUUUGUAUAUCAAAGAUCAUGCAUAACUUUUCCGAUAAUCAUCCUCGAAAUUUUUAAUCAAUCUCAAAUUUUACCU